AUGAUUACUAGUUCACCUCGUAUUAUGGGAAAUAUGAGAAAUAUUGGAAAUUUGUCUUUGGAUAUGAAUUAUCCGGGAUUAGGUUCUCCUGCCUCCCCUUCCUCACCUUCGUAUAGUAGCCUUCCUUCACCAACCUUUUCCGGUUCAUGGAAUCAGAAUAAAUCUCAAGCUGAACUUACCUCUUUAUUAAAAGAGGCUUAUAAUUCAUUAAAAGAUAAAGAAAGAGAUCUUAUGUUGGCCGCCGAAGUUGGUAAAAGUCUACUCGAAAACAACAUCGCCCUCAAAUCCCAAUAUGAUGCCCUCAAAUCCCAAUGUGAAACAUUAGCCAUUCAAGCACAACAAUUACAACGUGAACGUAUUAGGGCAACUACAUUUAUGUUACAAGCACAAUCGGCUGAUAAACCAAAUAUACCUGCAAUAGCACCACCAAGGGAUGCUUUGGAGUCUUCACUUAUUGAUAAUAUACCGGAUUUUGAAGAAAGUGAUUCCGAUUCAAAUGCUGGUUGGAGUACUUCCGUUGAUUUCAAAAAUUCAUUAAUAUCGCAAGAUUUAUCAAGGAAAAAUAAACGUGAACAAGACCUUCAAUACUAUCAAGAGGCACACGGUUUGGCGACACAAAAAAUCGAAGAGCUUGAAAAGGAUAACAGUCGUUUACUUCAAAAAACAAGAACAGAAUUCUGGAAUACGAGAUUACAUAACAAAUCUAAUGUUAAUGCUAAUGAUACUAUUGUCGAUGAAUUACUACAGAAAAUUCGUGAUUUAGAAGAUCAGAAUAAUACCGUUGAACGGGCUAAAUCAGAAAUUGAGAGACGUUUUAAUCGAGUCACUCAAGAUUUAGAAAUUCUUCAAGAACAAUACAAUGAAUUGGCUGAAGCAUCAAAUGGUUUUGAAAUUUUACAAGUAGUUAAUAGAGAACAAGAACUUCAUAUCCUUGAAUUAACUGAAUCCUUAGAAGAACAACGUGCUGUAGUUGCAAGUGUUCAAUCAGGAAUGUAUUCACGACAGCCAUCACGUUCGAGUUCAUUCUCUGAAGGAGGGAUGAUGUCAAAAGCCCUAAAAAGAUUAAGUAAUCCGGAUAGUCUGAAUUUAUUCGGUUCAAUGGGUACAAAUAAAAGGACUUUACUAUCCGAGCUAGAAAGUGAAUGGUUUAAAAAUAUACAAACAGAUAAUAAAGCGCUGACAGAUCCAAAUGAUGGAUUAUUCUCACCGUCAUUAUCAGCUUUAGGAGAUGAUGAUAUAUCACAACUCGAUUAUUUAUCAGAUGAUGAAUUUAGUUUCUUAGAUGAAUUAGAUGAUGAUGAUGAAUUAGCAAUGCGAAAACGAGAAUGGUUCUGGCGAAGGUGGUUAAGAUCAUUUUAUAAUUUCUUAAGAUGGGUUUGGAGGUGGUGUCGAUUUUUAGUUGUUCUUGUGGCUGCUGUUAUCAUGGCUUUGUAUCGUGGACCUGAUCAUAUUUUACCUCAUGAAGUAUAA